CGCCUCUUUUGGAAUUCCGCAGUGGUACUAUCCUCUCAUUGGUCCAGCAGGUCUGAGUGCAGAGAACAACAAACAAGAUAGGGUGAAGACUGUCGGGAUGGAUGCAGCUACAUUGACAUACGACACACUUCGCUUUGGAGAGUUUGAAGAUUUUCCUGAGACCUCAGAGCCCGUGUGGAUCUUGGGGAAAGAAUACAAUGCGCUUACAGAGAAAGACGAGAUUCUGUCCGACGUCACGUCGCGGCUGUGGUUCACGUACAGAAAAAACUUCCCGCCCAUCGGAGGCACCGGACCAACGUCGGACACGGGAUGGGGAUGCAUGUUACGGUGCGGCCAGAUGAUUCUCGGAGAGGCCUUGAUGUGCAGACACUUGGGCAGAGACUGGAGAUGGGCCAGAGAGCAGAAACAAAGAGAAGAGUACAUCAGUAUUCUCAACGCCUUCAUCGACAAAAAAGACAGCUAUUAUUCCAUCCAUCAAAUCGCCCAGAUGGGCGUUGGAGAGGGGAAGCCCAUUGGACAGUGGUAUGGACCUAACACGGUGGCCCAGGUUCUGAAGAAGCUGGCUGUGUUUGAUACGUGGAGCAGAUUAGUUGUACACGUGGCGAUGGACAACACUGUGAUCAUCGAGGAGAUCAAGCGUCUUUGCAUGCCGUGGCUGGACCUAGCAGGUGAAGCGGCAGGAGAGGGGGAGGUGAACGGCUGCCUGGAGGGAGCGUGCGCCCUGGCUGAGGAGGAGACGGCCCUGUGGAGGCCGCUGGUCCUGCUCAUCCCUCUCAGGCUGGGCCUGAGUGACAUCAAUGAGGCCUACAUCGAAACGCUCAAGCAAUGCUUCAUGCUGCCUCAGUCGCUGGGUGUUAUUGGGGGGAAACCCAACAGUGCCCAUUACUUCAUUGGUUAUGUCGGGGAGGAGCUCAUCUAUUUGGACCCACACACCACGCAGCCUGCCGUGGAGCCGUGCGAAGACGGCCAGGUCCCCGAUGACACGUACCACUGUCAGCACCCGCCCUGCCGCAUGCACAUCUGUGAGCUGGACCCAUCCAUCGCAGCGGGUUUCUUCUGCAAAACGGAGGAUGAUUUUGACGACUGGUGUAUGCGCAUACGCAGGUUGUCCUGCAAGAAAGGAGGCCUGCCCAUGUUUGAGUUAGUAGACAGCCAGCCCGUCCACAUGGUCAGCGUUGACACCCUUAACCUUACUCCUGAUUUCUCGGACUCGGACAGGCUGGAGCGGUUCUUCGAUUCGGAGGACGAGGAGUUUGAAAUCUUGUCCCUGUAAGGAACGUAACGAACAAUUAUUUUACUGUAAUGGACAGUAGGCGGAAGAUUCCGGCCUCUUCUCUGGAUCCAGAAGAGAAAUCCCCGAGGGCAGGCGGACAUGGGGGGAGGGAGACAAACAUUUAUUAAGAGACCUGUUGAGCCGGUCCAGCUCCAGCGGCGCAGUCCGUGGGUGUCGACGCAGCGUUCCUUCUCAUCAGCCUCCGGACAUCCAGACGGCCCGGCGGCAGCUGUAGCAGGAGCUCAGGAUCAAUUCUGUAUGCACAUCUCUCACAUGCGUGUGUUUCCAUUUGAGUCUUAACACUUUCGAUGUUUAUGCUGAAGUGAAUCUGGUGCCUUUCCCCGAGUCCCGAGGUAAAAAAAAAAAGAAAACCGAACGGAAGGAAAAAAAAAAAAAAAAGCCGCCAUCACGGUUUUAUGUGGAGAAGACCCACAGUGGCUCAUGACGCCUACAGCUUCCGCAGUUUGUCCAAUAAUAUCUGAAGUCUGUAACAAGCUUGUAAUGAAACCAAAUCCAGAGAGGCGACUUGUGUUAGCAGCUGACGCAAACGUAUCCUUGCCAAGUCUAGAGCAUACGCUAGUUUGUUUGAAAAUUAUUUAUUUAAUCAAAACAACAUGCAGGCAAGUGAUGGAGCAAGAGAUGUAUAAGAGGACUAAAAAUAAAUCACAACUGUUUAUCUCUUAUUGGUUUAUUAAAAAAAAGGUAUAUUACA